AUGGAUCCAACAGUACAUCCGAUCGUCUCUGGAAAUAAGGGUAUUAGGAAGUUGCAGGAGGAAGUUACUCGAAUUCGGCUCUUGCUCCCAGGCCCAGUCCCGAGAAAUUGCCCAAUAGUUCUAGGUGCCAUCCAUCCGACAAUUGAUGUACAAGUUCCCGGAUUCAGCGGAUGGGGACGGCCCCUCCUAGGAACGGUGAAUUAUUUCGGCGGAUUCGAGGACCUCCCGUUGAUUUUGUCUCAAUUGGGCUACAUCGUCAUUGUGGUUCGUAUUGGACCCAUCUCUACCAACAAAGAACGAGCUUGUGAGAUCUUCGCUCAGCUCACUAAUGCUGGCCGUGAAAAUCUGGAGGCUAACACGAACAGGGGGUUUAUCCCUGCGAGAGCAAAUGGAACUCCUAUCCCUGCGGAGGUAGAUAGAGCUCUUAUUCCAGUGGACUUUGGUCUUAUGCAUCCAGCUCCGAACCCAAAUCUGGUUAUGGCCGCAGAAACCCUGCAAGCAGUGAUCUACGACACUCCCGGGAACCGCCUUCCGGCCGACUGGAAAUGGGGUGUCAACAACAGGGUCAAUUUUAUCUGUCAUUCGCAGGGUGGCACUACGAUAAGAUAUCUGAUCGAGCUUUUGUCUGGAGCGAGAAGUGAUCUUGACUUACCACAAUUUCUCGACACUAACCGUCAGAGCUGGGUCAAAUCCGUCGUCACUCUAGGCACGCCCCACAGAGGCACAACUGUGACAGACGUAGUAAACUUAUCCGGUCAAAAUGCUAUCGAUGCUAUGCCACAUCUAAGCUCUCAGCAGGAUGUUCUCCCCCAUAACAGGUUAGAUCCGCUCAUAGAUUUCAUCACGUCGUGUUCGUUCGAUCGCAGACAAGACAGGAUCUACGACCUCCACCUCGAUCACUGGGGAUUUUUCCGUGACGGAGAUGAAACCUACCAAGCCAUGCGUGCGCGGAUUGCUCCCACUGUUACCGCAUGGUGGACUGGCCGCCACAAUGGACUCUACGACAACAGUCUUCGAGGUAUAAGCGACCUCGACAUAUUCGCCCCAGAACCUUCACCCAAUACCUAUUACUUCACUAUGUCUUUCUGUGCGACUCGCCCUUUCCCGAACGAUACCCUCACAGCUCAAGAUAUCAAUGAAUUUCUGGCAUUACUUCCAGUCAAUCAAUUCUGGAAUUUGGGAGGGGUAUGGGGACACGUUGCAGCUUCGCUUACACAAGUUGGAACUCAGCUCGGGGUCCUCCCAUCACUUAAUGCAGCAUUGACAUGGCUGACCGACGUCGCAAACCGCCACCUCAGGGCCAUGCAAUACUUCUCUCAAAUUCCCCGACCCGGCUCACAAAUACCCCGGCAAGACAUGCUCCCACUUAUAAUGUACCCUGCUUACGCCAUGGGAGGGCUCGGAGUGACGUUGUCAGGCAUUCCAUUACAGGAAUUCCAGCGUAACGAUGGCAUCGUUAAUACCAGAUCGAUGGAUGGCCCGAGUACCACAGUCGUAAACUAUGGAAGUUUUGCGGAUUCGCUUGCCGCAUAUGCUCCUGUUGAUCUCCAGGGAAUUUAUUGGAAUUUAGGAACAAAUGUGACUAUUGACCAUGCUGAUCAAAUUGGGGUGUUCACAGAUCAUUCCACUUAUCUCGAAGUCCAGGCCAUGUACAUGUUGUUUGCAGAGCUUGGAGACCGUCUACCAUAA